ACACGGCGGCCCGGGGCGCGUGGCGGGCCAACAUGAACGUCGGCGUGGCCCACAGCGAGGUGAACCCCAACACCCGCGUCAUGAACAGCCGAGGGAUCUGGCUGACCUACGCCCUGGGCGUGGGCCUGCUCCACAUCGUGCUGCUCAGCAUCCCCUUCUUCAGCGUCCCCGUGGCCUGGACCCUAACGAACGUCAUUCACAACCUGGGGAUGUAUGUGUUUAUGCACGCGGUGAAAGGAACUCCUUUUGAAACUCCGGACCAGGGUAAGGCAAGGCUCCUCACUCACUGGGAGCAGCUGGACUAUGGAGUACAGUUCACAUCUUCACGCAAGUUUUUCACCAUCUCUCCAAUAAUUCUAUAUUUUCUGGCAAGUUUCUAUACGAAGUAUGACCCAACUCACUUCAUGCUGAACACAGCUUCUCUCUUGAGUGUGCUAAUUCCCAAAGUGCCACAGCUGCAUGGAGUUCGGAUUUUUGGAAUUAACAAGUAUUGAAAAGCGUUGAAACGGAAGAAAAGCUUUUACGCUGAGUUGCCUGUAGGAAGGGGUGGUUGGUAAACGCACUGCUUCCCUGGCAGUGUGAAAUGGGAGGCAUUGCGCGGAGGGCCCAGUGCUGGUUCUUCCUGUGCUGUUUGACGUGCGGAUUCCUCCUGGAGGAGGCCAGAGUUCACUGCAGCGGGUACCUUUCUCCAGAGGCUUCAGAGGCGGGCUGGGCAGGCCCAGCUUGUAAGAUAAAAGGCUAUAGAAUGAGGGGGUAGUAAAUAAAU